AUGGCAACAGACGCCGACAUCGAAGCCUCCGUCUUCUCGCAAUUGGCCUCAACCAAAUAUGCCUGCUCAUCACUAACGCGUCUCAAUGGAGGAACAGCCAAUUUCGUCUACCGGGGAGUCCUAUCAAAUCCUGAGUCUAUUGGAACCACAGAGCAAGAGAAAGCGAAUGUCAUCAUCAAACAUACGAAAGAUUUCGUGGCGCUGAACCGGGAGUUCAAGUUGGAUGGUGAACGAUGUGUCUUUGAAGCGCUGGUUCUGAAAGGGUUGAACGACUUCUCCUCGGCGCGAGAGCCACUCGUGCCACCGAUUACAGUCAAAACUCCCAGGCUAUAUGACUUUGACCCCGAGACUCAUACACAAAUCAUGGAAGAUCUGCCCGAGUCCUCAGACCUAAAGACCUUCCUCUUAUCUCCCCCAGGCAUGCACAUCGACAAACCAGCCGCCAGGGCGAUUGGACAUGCCUUGGGAUCAUGGCUGGGCUCAUUCCAUGCCUGGAUCUCGCACAACGAACAAAUUGACCUUCGGCAAAAGCUGGGCGAGAACAAAUCAAUGCAACAGCUUAAAUACGUCGUUAACUACGACCAAUUAGUCAAUAUGAUUGACAAAUACCCUCAGAUUCUGGAGGGUAGCCGUUCGGUCUUUGAAAAAGUCAGAGCAUACGCAUCUGAGGAACUCUCCACACACUCCUCCAAGAAUGCCAGUAUUGACAACGCCUGGGGCCCUAUCCACGGCGACUUCUGGACGGGCAACAUCCUGGUCAACAACGAGCAACGCAACCUCUUCAUAAUUGACUGGGAAAUGACCCAGUUAGGCAUGCGAGCCCUAGAUCUGGGUCAAGUGCUCGCCGAACUCUACGAAAUCAAACAAUUCAAAAACAACAAUGCAGGCAUCUGGAUCAUGGAGAGCCUGAUUGAAGGUUAUCCUUUGCUGGGAGAGGAGCAGGCUUUUAGGAUGGCGGUGCACAUGGGCGUUCAUCUGGUGUGUUGGAGUGGUGUGUCGGGGUGGGCGACAGCGAGUAGGGUUGAGGAAGUGGUUAGGAUUGGACGGGAUAUUAUCAAUAAAGCUUGGGAGAGGGACAGAGAGUGGUUUGAGAAGGAUGGGACGUUGAGCUUUCUUUUUAGAUGA